AGCGCCUAUUACAAACAAGUCGACCCAUUUGGAAAUUCAGGAAGGUUUUCUCUACUGAAUACCAACUUUCCAAACUUCUUCCACUCUAUGACAGUUGAUAGUCUAGAGUGCAGCAUAUGCUUGCAAAACCUUGUUCAUCCUGCUCAAUUACCAUGUGGUCAUAUAUUUUGCUUUUUGUGCAUUAAAGGUUGUGCCUUUCACAGGCGAAAAUGUCCUAUGUGCCGCAGUAGAUUCUCGUCGCGUUUUUUCGAUGAUCCCAAGUUAAUAAAUGUUUGCGAUCUACGUGAAAAUGAUCAAGAUAAAUUAAGUCACAUUGUUGACUUAUGUGAAUGCUUGUCAACUUUACCUCAAUCAGUCAAUGAUUCAUACUCUAAUGAAUUACCAAGUUAUUCUUGGUUCUAUGAAGGUUUCCAAGGUUGGUGGCAAUACGAUGAACGUACUUGUAAUGAGUUGGAGAAUGCAUUUAAUAGGCAAUUAUCGUCAUAUGAAUUGACUAUUGCAGGUUAUGUAUACAGUAUAGAUUUGAAAAAUAUGACUCAGAUCCGGAAAGAUCGUUCUGGUCGUUUGCGUCGAAUUAAACGGGACUUGCUAACUUGUGAAAAGAAGGGUGUAGCUGGAAUAAAAAUGUCCUCAAUUCAAUCAUCUAGCAAUAGUACAACAUCAGUGUGUAAACAGUUAGAAAUUGAGGAAGCGACUCAUUCCAACUCUAAUGGAGUUAAUGGGGUCCAAUGAAUAAUCCGUCUUCCAACUUACCGUGUUCAAAAUCCUCCAACAAUGGCUGUUUAGAAAGUGAAAGAUCAGAAGCUAAGCAGAUAGUAAGUGCAAGCCGAUCAAGUACACCAUAUUUAUCUGGAGAUGAAUGUGUUUCCAACUACUCACUAAAUUCUUCUGGAUCUCGUAAUCAACGUAAUCCAAGUCCUUCUACGUCAGGAGAAUCAUUGCGCCAUCACAAUCGUAAACGUUCUUAACUAUUGUCAUACUUCAGGCUCCUUUCAUAAUACUCUAAUUACUUACUUGGAAUAUAUAUAUAUAUAUAUAUAUAUAUAUAUAUAUAUAUAUAUAUUUAGUGUGUAGACCUGUUCAUCAGUUUUCUGUUGUAACUGUGAUUAUAUUGAAUAUUUGAUAAUGAGUUCACUUCAAAAUUUUAUUUCUAAUACUAUUUUAUAUAUACCCGAAAACUACCAAAAAGCUCAUAUAUAUAUAUAUAUAUAUAUAUAUAUAUAUAUAUAUAUAUAUAUAUAUAUAUAUAUAUAUAUCACAUCUGGUGUUUUAAUUCUAUUUGAAGCGCAUACUCUGUAAAUAAAAUUCGAGGUAGAG